AUGGAAGUCGUGCCUGAAGAACAAGUGAAACCAAUUGAAAUAACACAAAGUGAACAAGCACCAGCAACAUCAUUUGUUCAAGCUCUUUUACAAGAACAAGUAGAUGAAACUGAUGAGAAAAAGAAGAAGAAAAAGAAAAAAGCCAAAACUGGUCGACAGAGAGAACUCGAUCGAUUGACCAAAGAAACAAAGGACAUUUUCGAAACACCCGACGAACUGAAUGUCGUGUGUAAACGAAUCGAUUCGAUAUUAUCUCCUCACAAAAAACAAUUACUUGCUGCUUGUCGAGCACUUGAUAAAUACGAGCUAGGCUCAUUGUCUUACGAACAAUUUCGACUUGUUUUUCGGGAUCAUUUGCCACAAUUAUCAGCAGAAGAUUUCUUUGUUUUAACAAAAUUAUUUCAAACAGAUGGUACUGCAAUCGACUAUCCAGCGAUUUUGGAUGGUGAAAAUGGAAACGGAAUUCUUCGACAUAUCACUCAACUAACUGUUCCAUUGCCAACUGAAAUUAUAUUGGAAAAGAAAUCUACGAAAGAACCGAAACGAACUUCCAAUGAGCCACUUUUACUCGACCAAACUAAAUAUGUGACUAUUCGUCUUCGCCUUAUUGCAUUUGACAGCUUCAAUGCUUAUCCUGGUCAUAUCGAACUAACUGUUCCUGAUCACAUCAGUGUUUAUGCCUUAUCGAAAAUGGUGAUUGACAAAACAGAUUUUGCUACUCGAAUUAUAACAAUUUUUCGUGAGAAAACUCCUUCGCCUGAAACGUGUCUUAAUCCCAUGCGUUCACUUCAAUCUUAUGAUUACACCGGUACAUAUGUUAAUGGAACAUAUAAGCAAUCAUUUCCAAUCUAUACACUUUAUUAUGAUUAUCCAUUAGGGAUGCAUUCUGAUUGUCCAAUUCUCAAAUGUGAUUAUUAUUAUAUGAGAAAAUUUACUAAUUAA